CACAGUAUCUAUAUAAGCAAUAGAUAAGAAGAGACAGAGGAACCAAAUUCGUUUAGGUCAAACUCACUAAACUAACCCGUGUGCUAGAUAAGUAACUGAUGAGUGAUAUCAUCGCACAAUAUCAAGCCCAGAGCCAGAAGCAGUAUUGGGCGCCUCAAACGCCCCCGUCAGCGUUGGCGGAAGAUGCACAAACUAAACCUCGCUCGCUGUGGAAAGCGAUUUUCCAGAUACUUCUAGCUUUCGCCGUCUUCGGCUGUCUGCUCGCACUCACUUUAACCACUCUCAGGCUAACGGACCACGGGAGUUACAACUCGAUCCAACGCACUGUAUACACUGCCAUUGUCACCCUCAUCGCUACUAUCGUUACCGCAGUUGUCCUGGACGGCGUACGAAGGUUGUAUCUGUUCCGUGUAGACGAUCAGCUAGCACAAUAUCCGCGAUCUCCGCUGUCACAGCAAAAACGUCUUGACCAGCGAUGGCAGACUAUCCUCGGGAUAGGAUCCAUAUCCACUCGGCUCCAAAAUCCCUCGGUUGAAACUGUUCUACUCCUGGGAGCGCUGGUUACUACCUGCAUCACCUCCGGCUUCACUGCAACGUCAGCAACAAGAGUCGAACCGUAUGCGCCCAAGAUCCCUUCUUCAGACCCGUACGUCUUUGCGCGACCGUGGGAGAACGGGACCCGGCCUACCUGGGGUCUAAUGUACUGGACCCUCGACAAUGGCAGCUUGUACGAUGCCUGGGUAUUCCACGGUGGGUCGCCACAACACAAAGCCUUCGAGCUUAUGAACGGCAUCAACAUCAACGACCCAACUCUAUACGCAUACUCAGACGACGGCGUAGCAAUCCAAUCCUCCGCCAUUGGCGCACCAAUCACUGCCUACAAUCCUGAGCAUGCUGGCUAUGGCCUCCAGGCCAUCAUGAGCCGCUUUGAACGAAAUAUCAAUACCGUAUCCGCAUGCGUGCCUGUCAUGGUCAGAAACCCCGCAAAAUGCGUCCCCGGAGGCAUUCUCUCAUGGCCAGACGACGGAAGCAUAAUGAAGGUCACAGCCAGCGACGGGAGUUGUCCGCGGACAGUGAACACGACGAAGCCCCCAGACGAAUUCAUCGCCAUCAUCUCGCGCAUCUGCAACGUAGGACAAGUCGGCCAGUCGAAGGUCGUGUUCGGCGCUUCCAACGGCAACUACGCCCAGUGGCUGGCCACCGCUGUGGGCGAAGACAUCGGACCCUCUUAUGCUGGGCAGACAUACGCCGUGGAGUGCGACCUCGACGCCCGCGACGCAUUCGAGUAUCGAAAUGCCACACUGCAGAUCUCCCCGCGAACUACAUCAUCCAACCCGGGUACCCAAAACCUCGCAUUUACACGCGUGCUCUCGGCGAACGAGCCCUGCACUCCGCCGUCAAACCUGCCCGUCGCCGAAGCCCUAGCCGCAACCGUCGCCAUGGGGCCCUACUUCCCGGUCUACGAAAUCACAGCAACAGGUUGGUUCCAGUCCCUCGUCAACGUCAUCUCUAGCACAGGCGACUACGGCCACUCGCCUAAGAACUCAAUCCGCGGCCCACCAUUUGCAUUCAACGACUCGCAAAACGCUUUGGAGGAUGUACUGGGGCUUGUGGGUGCGCUGGCGGGAUCAAGAGCGGUGCUGAAUAUGUCCCUGGUUGAGAGUACGGGGUCGGCAGAGGUAGUCUUCAUGCGCGUGGGGUCGGGAAAGACGUUUGCAAUUGUGUUUGCGAUGGUGCCGUUGCUUUUGGGGCUGUGGAUGUGUGGGAUGGUGGUUAGAGUGGAGAGGGAGAGGGGCGGGUAUAAGUGUACGAGCUUGCUGGAUUUGGUGAGAUUAGGAAUGGGUCAGUGAAGGGCUAUCGCAGUUCUAGAAAAGGUGUACCGAAUUCUCUUUUGCACAUAUCUACCCAUGAGCGCCAUCGCUAUGCACAGAAUUAGAAAUACAGAGCACUCGCCCUAGGGAAUAGUGCUAG